AACUUCACACUAUCACUGGCUGCUAGAGGACAGGAGAGAAAUGGCUGACACCAUAGCUGAUACAAGAAGGCUUUUCAGUAAGCCUCAGAACUUAAAUGACGCCUACGGACCCCCGAGUAAUUUUCUAGAGAUUGACGUGAGCAACCCUGAGACCAUCGGGGUCGGCAGGGGCAGAUACACCACGUAUGAAGUCAGACUGAAGACCAACCUACCCAUCUUCAAGCUGAAGGAGUCUUCUGUACGGAGGCGGUACAGCGACUUUGAGUGGCUCAGAGCGGAGCUGGAGAGGGAGAGCAAGGUGGUCGUCCCUCCUCUCCCAGGAAAAGCUCUUUUCCGACAGCUUCCGUUUCGAGGGGACGAUGGGAUAUUUGAUGACUCUUUCAUCGAGGAGCGGAGACAGGGUCUGGAGCAGUUUCUUAACAAAGUGGCCGGUCACCCUCUAGCUCAGAACGAACGAUGCCUGCACAUGUUUCUACAGGACGAGUCUGUGGACAAGAGCUACACCCCAUCCAAAAUCAGACAAGCCUGAAAGAAAAGACGGCUCUGCUUGGCCUGGUCUAGCUCGGCCCUGCCCAGCUCGGCCCGACAACCCAAAGCUUUCUUCACUGCUCCAGGUUUCUCUCAGACAAUAAACAUUUCAAUGAAAACUUCCCUCCCCCACGCCCCCCCCAAAGUAAUAUUGUUCACUGCCUCUUUUAGUUCAAUUAGUGACCCUGAUCUGUGUUUGUUUUCACCUUCUAAUUGGAGUCAAGAAUGUUCGACACAUAACUGUGGUUCAAAGUAAUUUAUAGUAAUUUCUCUUUAUGUCUGGAAAUGCCACUAACAUGGAUAUAUUAUGUAUUUAUCUUUAACUUGUCUUGAAUAUAUUCAUUUAUAUAGUAACAUUGGAUGAGCGUUUUAUGUAUGCAAAGCUCUCGUAAAGACCCACAGCGUUUUCCAUCAUAUAUAUAUAUAUAUAUCCAAUACUGGCAUGUUGCUCACCAUAACUAUGUUGCAACUAAGCACACACACAUCCACACACACACACACACACACACACACGCACACAGGCACACACACGUACACACACGCACAUAUAUUUGAUGGGCCUUGACUUACAAAUCACACUUAGUUGAUCCUGUCUUCAAAAGGAAAGACGUGUGUGUGUGUAUAUCAACCAGCACCUGCCCAAUUAACGCAAUGAUUUUCUAGCAAGAAAGAAGUAAUUUACACAGAGGGAACUGCAGUAUUUCUACUGGCUUUAUGCAUUUCGAGAUUUGUAUACUGCUGUGCCAUUUUUGUUUAUUUUGAAGAUUUUCCAAUAAAAUAGGUGAAAUGUC